AUGGAGCGGCGCGGGCGGCCGGAGGCGUUCGGCUCGCUGCCGCUGCUGCUGGUCUGCUGGCUGGCGGUCGGGCCGGUGCUGCCCCAGGUCCGCCACCCUCUGCCUGUGCUGUGGAUGAUGCCGCUCAGCUCCGGGUCGGGGAGGGAGAACCUGACGGCCGGCGUGGGUCCGGCUGUCCGGCUGGCUCUGCAGGACCUGAAGAAACAGCCGCCACCGCUGGGGAACUAUGAGAUCCAGCUCCAGCUGCUGGAUUCGCAGUGCGAUCCCGCUUCAUCGCUCAAGGCUCUGUUUGACUCCCUGUGGGCGGGGCCGAGGUACCGGCUGGUGCUUGGAGGGGUGUGUCCGGCUGUGACGGCGCUCGUCGCCCGCUCUCUGCCAGCUCUCCACCUGGUGCAGGUCUCCUUUGCAGCCGCGUCCCCCGGCCUGGCCAACAGGAGGUGGUACGGGAACCUGUUCAGCACGAUGCCGUCGGACCGGGCUCUGAACCAGGCCGCGGUCAAGCUGCUGCAGCGCCACAGGUGGACCAGGGUCGGCGUCGUCUGGCGGGAGACGCCCAGACUCUCUCAGAUGAAGGAGGAUCUGAUCAGGCAGCUGCUGAAGGCCGACGUUCAGGUCGUUUCCACGGAGAGUCUCUCCGACGACGUCUGCAGCAGCCUGGAGAAGCUGAAGGCUCUUGACGUUCGGAUCUUCAUCGGACAGUUUGAAGAAGACUCUGCCUCGGAGGUCUUCUGCUGUGCGCACAGACUGAACCUGUUCGGGGCUCGCUACCAGUGGAUCGUCGUCGGCGGAGGAACCGCAGGACGGGGGCCGGGGCGGCGGGCCUCGGGCUGUACGGCCGACAGCCUCCGGGCGGCUGCGGACGGAUCCAUCAGGCUGCAGAUCAGACGGCUCGGCGGCACAAACGCAACGGGAGUCUCCGGACGGACUCCUCGGGACUACCAGGACUCCUACCUCAGACAGCUGACCCGGGAGGGGUCACCGUUCAGCCCCCUGCACGCCUUCGCCUACGACGCGGUUUGGGUCGCUGCCGUAGCGCUGAGCCGGGUGACGGAGGCCGUGAAACACCGAGAGAAAUACGGCGUCCGGAGAAAUGUGGCGGCCAGCGAGGCGGAGGUUCAGGGGAUGCUGCUCGAGGCCGUGAAGAAGACGCAGUUUGAAGGAGUCACGGGACCAGUUCUCUUUCGAAACGGGGAGAGAGUGGCGGCGAUCGAGCUGAUCCAGUCUCAAGGCAGCGGUGCUGUGUUGGUGGGUGAGUUCAGUACAGCCACCCACCAGCUCCGGCUGCUGAACCACCUGCUGCAGUUUAAAGGUCCAGGACCAGCCAGAGACCGGACCCUGGUGCGCCUGCAGCAUCGUCGCGUGAACCUCCUUCUGUACAGCAUCGUCUCAUCGGCUGCGGCUGUGACCUUCGUCGUCGCUCUGAUCGUCCUCUGCUUCGUCGCCGUCCCCCGCAAACGCUGGCGGCUGAGAUCCAGCGGGGGAUCCCAGGACGGGCUACUCCUGCUGGGCAUCCUGCUCUCCUCCUCCUCAGUCCCGAUCUCUGGUCUGGACGGAGCCUCGGUGUCUGACUGGACGUUCGAGAUUCUCUGCUCUGUUCGUCUGUGGACUCUCUCCGUGGGACACACCGUGGGCUUCGCCGUGCUCUUCACCAAAACAUGGAGCAUCUAUUCGCUCUGCAGUAUCAAACAGAAGCAGCAGAGUCGUCUGCAGCGAGCAGGCCGCGUUGUGCUCUGGAUGUUCCUGCUGGAUGUGUUUGUUUUAAGCUCCUGGCAAAUCCUGGACCCCCUCAGACGGGUGGUGCUGCAGCAUCCCUUAGAGAGUGACCCCGCUGAUCCGGACGUUAUCAUCCGGCCGCACUCUGAGCGCUGCAGCAGCGUCAACAUGGAGCUGUGGCUCACCGCCGUCUACGGAUAUAAAGGACCUCUGCUGGGUCUUGGAUGUUUCCUGGCCUGGGACAUCAGGUCUGUCCAGGUGGACCAUCCUGCUGUCAGCAGCAGACACCUGACUCUGAGCGUGUUUGCUGUGACGGUGUUCAGUGUGUCGGGAGCGUCGGGAUCGCUGCUGGCGUCCCACAGUCCUCCCGUCCAGUUCUGUCUGAGCAGCGUCCUCGUCCUCUGCUGCAACAUCUGCGUCCUGAGCUGGUCGUUCGGGCCAACGAUUUCGUACCUGUGGUUGCACGGCAACGAGCGGCCGCAGCCGUCGGAGCUGCCGGGCGAAGCUGCGGAGGAGGAAGAUGAAGAGCAGCUGAGCAGGAUGAACCAGCGGCUAAAGACUCGAGCUGCGCAGCUCAGUGUGGAAAUAGAAACCGUCACCGUGCAACUUUCGGAGGCGUCAGAGCCUGAGAUGCUUCAGCAUGUGACGAGAACCAGCGACGAUGAAGUAGGACCUGGGACUUGGACUCAUGAAGCCCAGGUCUCGGCUGAGGAGGGAAACUCUAGUCCAGACGACGUCAACUCCCCUGAACACGUGCGGCGGCGUCUGUCCGUGCAGCUGCCGAUCCUCCACCACUCCUACCUGCCUGUCGUCGGCGGCGUCAGCUCCAGCAGCUCCAGCCUGGAGGCCUUCGUUCGCCACGACGACGUCGCCCGCCGGCACGCACCUGGAGGCGACUCACCGCUGAACCGAUCGGAGGGCAGCUGUGGCCUUGAAACUGUGCGACCGCACAGUUUCAACUGAGGAUUUCGGUCCCAAAUCAAAU